UGCAUCCCGUGAUCUUGUUGUAUCUACUGUCAUGGCUUCCGACGCGCUCAUACCCGAGACGCGCGUGCUUGCGAUUGCCAGCCAUGUAGUCCACGGCUAUGUCGGCAACAAGAUGGCGACCUGUGUGCUGCAGGCCAUGGGCUGUGAUGUGUCCGCAAUCAACACCGUCCACUACAGCAACCACACGGCCUACAAGCAGGUCAAGGGCACCAAGACGACCGCCGCCGAGCUCGAGCAGCUCUACGAAGGCCUCCGCCAGUCCCACCUCACCAACUUCGACGUCCUGCUGACGGGCUACGUGCCCAGCGCCGACGCCCUCCGCGCCGUGGGCAAGAUCGGCCGCGAUCUCAAGUUCAACGCCGCCACGAAGCCCGGCAGCUUCUUCUGGGUCCUCGACCCCGUCAUGGGCGACAACGGCCAGCUCUACAUCCCCCCCGACGAAGUCCCCGAGUACAAAGCCCUCCUGCGCGACGCCGACCUCAUCCUCCCCAACCAAUUCGAAGCCGAAACCCUCGCCGGCACACCCAUCACCGACCUCGCCUCCCUCGCCCGCGCAAUCCACAUCCUCCACGCCACCUACCGCGUCCCGCACAUCAUCAUCACCUCGCUGCGGCUCACGCCCUCCGGCACCAUCCCCACCACCCCUGAAGCCACGGAGACGCUAACCAUCGUCGGCUCCACCGCCACCUCCUCCCACGAGCCCCGCCUCUUCCGCAUCUCCACCCCCGCCCUACCCUAUUUCUUCUCCGGCACAGGCGACAUGUUCGCCGCGCUCACGGUCGCGCGGCUGCGCGCCGCCGUCGCCCAGGCGCCCGCGGCCCACGAUCUCCAGCGCACGCCGAGUUGGCGGUCCCCGGAUGAGGUGGGGGCCACGGAGUUGCCUCUUGCGCAGGCGGCGCAGUGGGUGUGUGCGAGUAUGGGCGCCGUGCUCGGGCGCGUCGCGGAUGGGGUUGGGGGGAAGAUGGCUGCGUUCGAUGAGCGGGUGGGCAAGGGCGGGGGCGGGGGCGCGAGGGAGGAAGAAAGGCAUUGGCGGUUGAUGGAUGCGUGUGAGGUCGUGGUGCCGCGGUAUGUGCGGGAGUUGGUUGAGCCGCGGGGGGUGGAGGGGUUUAAGGCUGUUGCUGUUGUUGUUGAGGAGGCUGAGGGGAGCGGGCAGGGGGAGGGGGAGGCGUAGGCAAGCUGGGAGUGUGUCCUGGCCUCGCAUAGACGCAGCUCCACCCUAGACGGACUGCAUUGCAUUAGACGCGCGCGGUACAAUGACGUGCUCAUACAGCUCUGUAGCAGUAGCACAUGUUCCACCCAUGUUUGAUUGCUUACCUAGAGUAACCUUACACUAGAACUACAAGAACACUGUGAACAGUAUCAAGAGAGAUGGAAGAUAUCGGUGCUUGUCGAUAUGUGCUGACCACCCCCUAUCUUGGCAUAGUAUACUGUCACUGUCACGGGUCAGGUAACCACGCAUCCUAAAUAGCUGAACAGCUAUAGGAUGCGUGUGUAGGAUGUAAGGGAGGACUAGACUCUAUAUACAAUAGUAGUGUAAGGCACCUGUAAGGGGUAAGAGAGACUAGACUUCCCUAUACCUAUAGUACUACUCUACUGUUAGGG